GAUGGAUCUCUCCGCGCCCGCGCCGACAGUAACGCGCCAGCAAAAUAGGCAGCAACUUUAAGCGCUUCUAUCCUUUUCAUGGCCUCGUCCUGCGAAUGCUGCAUACUCGCUUUCGCACUUCGCAGUGGCACUGUCUAGAUUUCUUGGCAAAUGUCCACGCAAGCUCUGCAAGGCUGUCACAUUUCUGCCUUCAUAUAGUAUUACCUCGCCACCAAUUCGUGUUUCCUCCAACUUUUAUUUUUCUGCCAGCCUAUUCCUGCUGCAAGAAGCACUCUGAGCCUGCUGCUGAACGAGGGGCAUUCAAGCAUUUCUCUCACCUGUCCUUUCAAACCAAUCGCCUGUCAGGCCAUAUUACCACAGCUGUAUGACUUUGAUGGCGCAUAGUUCGACUAGGAGCGCGGAUUCCGGAUUCAGUUCAGGAUUCAUGCCUACACCAAACGCUUCGCCCAAGCAGGGUCUCUCUUAUCUUGUCGACAAUAUUGACUUCGGUGACGAGCAGCGGAGCUUGCUUGAUGAGCUCGAUAAACUUCGAGAACAUGGCGUCGACAAAUACGUCGAGCUGCCCCAAAUUGUGGUGGUGGGUGAUCAAUCCAGUGGCAAGUCGUCAGUACUGGAAGCCAUCAGUGAGCUGCCAUUUCCGCGGUCGUCAAUUCGGUGUACUCGAUUCGCAACUCAGAUCAAACUUAGACACUCGCCAGAAGUGAGUCUAAAGGUUGGAAUCAUACCAGACCCAAAGCGGACUCCACAAGAGCGACAGAGGUUAGCUCAAUUUCAGUCGGAAUUUCCGCCGAAUACACCGUUUGAAGAGAUCAUGGAUUUGGCCACGCGCUAUAUCGUUCCGGAUAACAAAGCUAGCUUUUGUUCCAAGGACAUAUUUAGCAUUGAGAUGAGCGGACCGUCGAAGCCUCAUCUUACAAUCGUCGAUUUGCCAGGUUUGAUUCAAGCGGCAAAUAAUCAUCAGAGUCAAGCCGAUGUGGACGCCAUCAAGGAACUGGCUUAUGAAUACAUGAAGAAUCAGCGAACCAUCAUUCUAGCUAUCGUAUCUGCAGCCAGUGAUCUAGAACUACAGCCAGUACUUGCUCGAGAGGCUCGACAGUUCGAUCCAGCCGGUGCUCGCACCCUGGGCAUCAUUACGAAGCCAGACAAGACCGAAACUCCCGAACGAGAGGCACAAUUCUUAGAGCUUGCGCGGAAUGAGAAUAUCAAGUUCAAGCUUGGGUGGCAUGUGCUACGUAAUCGCGCACCGAACGAGAUGAAUGCAACCAGUGAAGAACGCAAGAAUACUGAGAAGAAAUUCUUUGCAACAACAGCGUGGAGCCAGCUAGGCCCCGAGAAGUUGGGCAUUGAGACACUGCGAACAAGGCUCAGUAAAGAAUUAAUCAAGCAUAUAAUUCAUGAAAUGCCUAUGGUGCAGCAAGAGAUUCGCAGCAAACUUGAAGAGGUUCGGCGACAACUCGAUCAGCUCGGUGAGCGAGGGACGACACCAGACGAGAUGAGGGACGAACUUAGAGAUUUGAUGGAGAAAUCCCAGGCACUUACGAGAUCUGCUAUGGAAGGCCAGUAUGUUGAUCUUUAUGGACCAGCCUUCUUCCACCCCACCCCACAGAGUCCGAUGGAAGCGAUCAGAAAAUUACGGGCUCGACUUGUCAUCCAGAACGAAGGAUUCGCUGCGGAAAUGUCGGCGUUGGGACAUUUAGUUGAGCUCAGCGAUGAGCCAGCGGGGUCACCUGGUGGCCCAGGAUUUCAAGAAUCCCAUCAUCCCCAUCGCAUGACUCGAGCAGAGUUCAUUCGACGACAUGUCGAACCCUUGCUUGAGGCUAGUCCUGGUCUUGAACUACGAAUGGACAAGAACCCACUUCUCGUUUAUACCCUGUUCCGUAACUACUCCCAGAACUGGCCAGACAUCGCAACUAGACACAUUGAGGAGGUACAAGCUAUCUGUAAUGAUUUCUUACAGGAAAUCAUAGACUUCGCAUGGCCGGUUGAUAUGCGUCCGAGAGCAUGGCAAUACUUCGUCGAAGAAAAAAUGGAAGAGAGGUUAGCGGAAGCGCAUAAGGAGGCAGGCAAGUUGUUUAAAGACCGCACACGAGCCGCGAAGCCAUAUGAUCCUGAGCAUACUAAGAAGGUUAUGGACUGGUUGGCAAAAAAACAGCAAUCUGCAGCAACUUCAAGCAUCCUCUCUGAUUUUGCGCCUGAUGUUUUCCUGCAAAAAAUGCUUGUGUAUUAUGAGCUGACCUGCAAGACCUUUGUGUCGAACAUUAUUGUCCAAGUUGUCGAACGACAUCUUGUAGAUGAACUUGACCGCAUCUUUAAUGUGAUGCGCUUGCAAGAAUUCGAUGACUCAAUCAUAACGGAAAUUGCUGCAGAGGAUCCAAGCGUCCGUCAGCUUCGUGCCGAACUUAAGAAUAGACGUCGCACUCUAGAAGCAGGUGAACGAAUUUGCAGAAAGUAUACAGCUCGGAGAGACAUAUCAUUAGACUUGGCGCCUACAGCAGAGGUUAAGUCGAAGAGCUCGACUCGCCCAUACAAUCCAAACGGCAAUAUCGCGCCAGCCCCGAGACAGAUUCGGAAGCCAAUCACCUCCAAUGAAGCUCCUUUAGUUCAUACAUCCACAGAAGAGAUUUAUCACCAGCCUACAUAUAUGCGCGAAGCUGCCCCACCAUCACUCAACCGAGCUGCCUCACGCGCAACUGCAAGCACCGUUGACACACAAGCAUCCGCGAAUAUCAGCAAUCCAGGCGAUUCGCACAUGGCGGCCGGGUACCACCGCGGCAAUAACAGGGAAAGCUAUGUCCCAAGCGAGUAUCGCAAUGAUUCUGCAAACGGAUAUUAUGAUUCCGCUCCUAACAUUCCGCCACGACCGGCUCCUUCAAUUCCUCCAAAGCAGCCACAGGACAACGUGUUAAUGUCUGAAGGACCUGAUAGUGCGAAACGUGGUCAAGGAAUGAGAAAUAUCUUCACUAGCAGAAAAUAACCUCUUCAAUUUUGGCUUUGAUUAUGAUUUGUAUUCUUGAUGCAGGGAGAUAUUUAGAUGGAUUUCAACACAUGAUAUGUGGUAUGACCAGAUGGAAUGAUUCAAUAGCAACUUUAUUAUCAUGUGAAUUUACACCUCAAGUUCCUAAUUUUGUAAAUGGGAGACUAUACCUUUUCAAAGUUCUGGUAUGAAAAUGAGUUACAAAAAUUUGAUAUGCACUGUUCCGUAA